GCAGUUGAACAUAAUAUGUUUCUUUCACAUCCCGUGCUUAAUCAGUUGUAUCCCGACUAAUGUAUUCUCUAAUGAAAGGUGGCAUUUACUGGGAACUACAACGAGUAAUUUGGGUUUGCAACGGAUGUUGAUGCAGUGGUCUAUUUGAUGCUGGUCAAUGAUAUGAUUCACGGGCUUUUUCCUGAAGCUUUGUCGAUAGGUGAAGAUGUCAGUGGAAUGCCAGCCUUUUGUAUUCCGCUCAAAGAUGGAGGAAAAGGGAUGAAGAUUGGAAAAUGGGAGAUAUUAUACACACAUUAACAAACAGUGGAUGGAAAAAUGCGUCUCCUAUGCAGAAAGUCAUGACCAAGCUGUUGUUGGUGAUAAAACUAUCGCAUUCUGGUUGAUGGAUAAGGAUAUGUAUGAUGUCAUGGGAUUGGAUAGACCAUCCACACCUGUAAUAGAUCGUGGAAUAGCCUUGCACAAGAUGAUCAGGCUUAUAACAAUGGGAUUAGGUGGGGAAGGAUACUUAAAUUUCAUGGGAAAUGAAUUUGGACAUCCUGAGUGGAUAGAUUUUCCUAGAGCUGAUCAAUAUCUUCCUAAUGGCCAGGAAAUGGCUUCAGUUAUGACAAAUGCAGGCGUAGAUUUGAUCUGUUCAUGAGAUCAGAGCAUCAAUACAUAUCCAAGAAAGAAGAAGGAGACAGAAUAAUUGUAUUCGAGAGGGAUGACUUAGUGUUCGUCUUCAAUUUUCAUUGGAGCUGUAGUUAUUCAGAUUACCACCGAGUAGUAGGCUGCUGGAAAA